UUGCUUUUACUUGAGUUUGUCCAUCCACUUCUAUCUCUUUCUCUCUCUCUCUCACUUAUAUUCCACUGUGAUAUCAUCAUUUGUCAAAUUUAGCUUUACUCAACUUUGUGUGUUUCUCUUUUACCUAUAAGAUCAUAACAUUUUCUUGGAGAGCUUCAAUUGUCUCAAAGGUCUCCAUGGAGAGUGAUAAUGGUGAUGUCAAGUCCAAGAUGGAAGACUAUGAAGUUAUAGAACAGAUUGGAAGAGGAGCUUUUGGAGCUGCUUUUCUUGUUCUGCAUAAACUUGAGAAAAAGAAGUAUGUGUUGAAGAAGAUUCGCCUGGCCAAGCAAACUGAGAAGUUUAAGCGUACAGCGCACCAAGAGAUGGAAUUGAUUGCAAAAUUGAAUAAUCCAUAUAUUGUUGAGUACAAAGAUGCUUGGGUUGACAAGGGAAACAGCAUAUGCAUCGUAACUGGCUACUGUGAAGGAGGGGACAUGGCUGAGCUUAUUAAGAAGGCCAGAGGUAUGCACUUUCCUGAGGAGAAAAUCUGCAAAUGGAUGACUCAAUUGUUGUUGGCUGUGGACUACUUGCACUCUAAUCGUGUUCUUCAUAGGGAUCUGAAGUGUUCCAACAUAUUCCUUACGAAGGACAAUGACAUCAGGCUUGGUGACUUUGGACUUGCAAAAUUACUUAACACCGAAGACCUUGCUUCCUCGGUUGUUGGCACACCCAACUAUAUGUGUCCUGAGCUCCUGGCAGAUAUACCUUAUGGCUAUAAGUCUGAUAUAUGGUCACUUGGCUGCUGUAUGUUUGAGAUUGCUGCACAUCAACCAGCAUUUAGAGCUCCUGAUAUGGCUGGACUUAUUAGCAAAAUCAACAGAUCCUCCAUUUCUCCUCUCCCAAUUCUAUAUUCCUCCACACUGAAACAGAUUAUCAAGAGUAUGCUAAGGAAGAACCCAGAGCACAGACCAACUGCUGCUGAACUCUUAAGGCACCCACAUUUGCAGCCUUAUCUCCUUCGUUGCAGAAACCCAUCUUCCGUUUAUCUUCCAAUAAAGCCCACAAACAGCCCAAAGGAGAUGACACCUAGGAAAUCAUUGUCCAGCAAACCUGGCAGUGGAAAGGACAGGGGGGUUCAACAUGCUGGGGUAUCAAAUGGGCAAGGAAAUAUACAUGCAUUGCAGAGCUUUGCUGAUGUACAACUAAGCAGUUCUCCUAGUUGUGAGAAGCCAACAUCCACAGCUAGUACAGAAGACAACCUUGUCACUAAGAGGGUUGAUCCUACUAGCUGCACUGUCGAAAUAUCCAACUCUAUCAGUGAUUCCAAAGACAUGUCCACUGAUUCUGAAGUGAGUGUUAGCAAUGGAGACAAACAGGCUCACUAUAACUUAAUUCCUCAAAAGGAUGCUGACGUGCAGUCACCCUCAGAGACGGCAUUCAAUUCUCAGCAUGAUGAAAAAGAAGAACCCACUUCUGAGCACACUCAAAACUUGCCAGAAGCUGAUAUCAAGUCUGUAAGCAGAAAAGAGGAGACUUUUUGUGACAUGCAGGUUCUCGAAGAAGCAGCAAAAGAGGUUCUUGACAUGCAGAUUCUUGGUAGAUCAGGGGAUUCCAGUAAACUGACAGUCUCCAGUAUAAGCUGUGAUGAUAAAAAUGGGUUCCCUGAUGAUGGAAGUUCUUCAUCUACUGUUUAUGAAACUGAUGUAGAACGAAGAUGCUCUUCGAAUAAAACAAGUAGUCCUAAAGCAAAAACAGAAGGUGCCGACACGAGCUACUUGUCAUCAGAAAGUAAUGGUGUGCUUCCAUGUAAAAAUGAAGCAGGGGCAACAUCAGACAAUAAUACUUGCUCCUUUCAAACAGAAAAAGAGGGUGCCCGACCGAUUAACCUAUCACCAAGUGAUGUGUCGUUGCUGAGUAGACUUACAGCCUUAAGUGGUGAUGAGAUUAGGAGUGUGUGGGAGAAUCCAAGUCAGCAAAGGGCGGAUGCUCUGGAGUCGCUGCUUGAGCUAUGUGCCCGGCUUCUUAAGCAAGACAAACUUGAUGAGCUUGCUGGUGUGCUACGACCAUUUGGGGAAGAAGUUGUCUCAUCAAGAGAAACAGCAAUUUGGUUAACGAAGAGCCUCAUGUCUGCCCAAAAAUGCGAUUGGCAAUAAUUUAUUCAUAAUGUGAGAAAAUGGGUUUUGUUUUGUUUUUGUUUUUGUUUUAUAAAAGUGUUUAAUCCGGGUGGUUUGCUUGAAGAGAAGAAACUCAAGAAACGAAUAUAUAUUAUGCAGAUUGUUGGCUCACGGGUGGUUUUGAUGGAAAUAAUGAAGACAUCUUAGUACUCUCAA